CAAAAUCUACGUGGAGUGUAUCGCCGCUAAUAACAGUUCCGGAGCUAACAAAGCGAAGCACCAGCUACAUACAACCUAUCAAUUUUCUUUUCCUAUAAAAAGCAAAGCAAAUCGUCGUGGUUUCUCUGGCUCUCCUCUUCCCUUCCACUUCCUCCUCCUCCUCCUCGUCUAUUCUAAGGAGACACUUUGUACCUCUCAUGGCUGCUGCAGCUUCUCUCGCCGGAUCCAAUGUCGUCGCCUACAGAUCCCCCGCUCCUUUCCCCACCUCCGCUGAUACAAAAAUCGCUCACCUUCGCCCUUUCUCUCCAGUUUCCGCUGGAGUCGGACCUGGCAUUUCUCUCCAGUGUAGAUCGAGGAGCUCAUUUGCUUCUUCUGGUGUAAGAGCUCAGGUUGCGACUUCUGAAAAAGCGAGCGCACAGGCGGCACAGAAGGUGGAAUCGCCGGUAGUGGUAGUGACUGGAGCCUCUAGAGGUAUUGGCAAAGCAAUUGCUCUGUCUUUGGGAAAAGCAGGUUGCAAGGUCUUGGUUAAUUAUGCUAGGUCUUCAAAGGAAGCCGAGGAGGUUUCCAAAGAGAUUGAGGCUUAUGGUGGCCAGGCCCUCACUUUUGGGGGUGAUGUUUCAAAAGAGGCUGAUGUGGAAUCAAUGAUGAAAACUGCUGUUGAUGCAUGGGGAACCGUUGAUAUACUGAUAAAUAAUGCAGGAAUUACACGGGAUACAUUGCUGAUGAGAAUGAAGAAAUCUCAGUGGCAGGAUGUUAUUGAUCUGAAUCUCACUGGUGUAUUCCUUUGCACACAGGCAGCAGCCAAAAUUAUGAUGAAAAAGAGAAAGGGAAGGAUUAUUAACAUAGCAUCAGUUGUUGGUUUGGUUGGCAAUGUCGGGCAAGCCAACUAUAGUGCUGCAAAGGCAGGAGUUAUUGGCCUGACAAAGACUGUUGCAAAGGAAUAUGCAAGCAGAAACAUUAAUGUAAAUGCUGUGGCCCCAGGAUUCAUUGCAUCUGAUAUGACUGCCAAGCUUGGAGAUGAUAUUGAAAAGAAAAUCUUGGAAACGAUCCCUUUGGGACGUUAUGGCCAACCAGAAGAGGUUGCAGGACUAGUGGAAUUCCUGGCUCUUAAUCCCGCCUCCAGUUACAUCACUGGACAGGUGUUCACUAUUGAUGGAGGAAUGGUAAUGUAAGUGACGUGCCAUGUCUGGUUAAACCCCGAGAUUCAAAGUUCAUGCUGGUGCUCUUCGAACUGCAUGUCAAGUCAGGGUUUUGGCCAGCUUGGGCAAGACAGUUUUUAGCAUAACAUAACGUAUAAUAAAUGACCACCCAGGACAAGUUUUGAUAGAAGCAUUUCUGAAACGGUAGAAGAGAGAUGCGGCUGUUUUUCUAGGCUUUGGUUGGCAUAUGGAAAAGUAAUUGAUUGCUGUGUGGUAUUAGUAAGAAAAUGGUGUUCAUGUAAAAAUCGCUUCUUAUCAGGACGAGCUUCUCCAUGAUUCUUUUCUAUUUCAGAGAAAAUGAAAGUAUCUUUGAUGUCGUUCUGUUUUGUAAUGGGCGGGCUAUAAUCUGGAAGGAAAAAG